CCCAGCCGCCGGGCCCCGCCGCGGAGCCAGUUGGAAGAUCAAGAGUGACUGCCCAACAGGAGAACUGGAACGAGAACUUCAGGGACCUCUGUCUUCUCCACGUGUCUAGCUCUGUGCUCAGGUGAGGUGAUGGACACCAGAGCGGAGAUGGAGGUUGUGAGAAGCACAAAGGGGAAUGCCCCUGGGGAGGUCAGUGUCCACGUGGUGACCACAGAGAGCCCUGUGCAGAGCAACCAUCUGCCAGCGACUGCCUUCAUCAUACCAGCAAAUGCCACUACCAUCAACCUUCCCACGAGCACCUUAGAAAUCCAGCGCUUGCCCCGGGAGCCACAGAGGAGCACAGGGGCUGACAGGCCAGAGAGGGGAGCAGGGACUGAGCCCAUCACAGCUGCUGUCAUUCCCCAGAUCAGCGGGGUGCAGACCUGCAGCACAGUCCGGGUUCUGGAAUGGAAAGACGGGGUGGCUACUUUGCCUGGGAGUAACCUGCGGUUUCGAAUAAAUGAGUAUGGGACGCUGAAGGUGGUGAGUGCUGAUAAGAUUCCUCCAGUGGAAACAGUAAAGGAGGAUCACACAGAGAAAGAUGGGGACUCAGAGGUGGCACCCACCAGCAGGGACAAUCCUACUGUGUCUCAGGAUAUGCCAGAGCAGACCAAGCUGCCAACAGCAGAAAAUAUGUGUCACUGUGAUACCUGUGGCCAGAGACACGUUUCAGACAGAGCCUGGGAAGGCAGGGGCUUCUGCAGUGAGCGCUGUCACCAGCAGUUCAAAGAAAGGUCUGUCAUUGUGGAGAACUCUGCCAGCAGCACCAAUGCCACUGAUAUCCUCAAACCAGUGAAGAAACGGAAGAGGAAGGACUACCAGAGCCCUUCGGAGGAAGAAUAUGAAUCUGAGCAAAUGGAGGAAAAGCAGGAAGAGACAAAAAACUCAGCGGGGGACUUGGCCAUCAGCAAUCCAGAGACUGAUUCGUGGAACGGGAGCCAGCAUGGUGCCAGUGAGGAGAAGAAAGAAGGCUGGUCUUGGGUGUCCUACUUGGAGGAGCAGAAAGCUGACGCUGCCCCUUUAGAUCUCUUCCAGGAUUACCAAGUAGCUUCCCAGCGCAAGAAUGGCUUUAAAGUGGGGAUGAAGCUGGAGGGAAUUGAUCCACAGCACCCAUCUAUGUACUUCAUUCUGACAGUGGCUGAGGUGUGCGGUUACCGGAUGCGCCUCCACUUUGAUGGCUAUUCCGAGUGCCACGAUUUCUGGCUGAAUGCUGACUCCCCCGACAUCCACCCCGCUGGCUGGUUUGAGGAGACAGGGCACAAACUCCAGCCCCCGAAAGGGGUUGUAGGUUAUAAGGAAGAAGAAUUCAGCUGGACAAACUACCUGAAGAUAACAAAGGCUCAGGCAGCUCCUAAGCAUCUCUUCGUGGUCCGAAACACUCAUGAGGCUUCUCCAGGCUUUGAAGUGGGCAUGAAGCUUGAAGCUGUGGAUCGUAUGAACCCUUCCCUGAUAUGUGUUGCCACGGUGACGGAUGUGGUGGACAAUCGUUUUUUGGUUCACUUUGACAACUGGGAUGAUACUUAUGACUACUGGUGUGACCCCAGUAGUCCAUACAUCCACCCAGUUGGAUGGUGUCAGGAGCACGGCAAACCCCUCACGCCUCCUCAAGAUUAUCCUGAUCCUGACAACUUCACCUGGGAAAAGUACUUAAAGGAAACUGGAGCAUCUGCUGUCCCAGCUUGGGCCUUCAAAGUGCGCCCACCCCAUGGCUUCCUGGUCAACAUGAAGCUGGAGGUAGUGGACAGGAGGACUCCUUCGUUCAUCCGAGUGGCCAGUGUGGAGGACGUGGAAGAUCACAGGAUAAAGAUCCAUUUUGAUGGCUGGAGCCAUGUCUAUGAUUUCUGGAUUGAUGUGGAUCAUCCAGACAUCCACCCCAUUGGCUGGUGCUCAAAAACUGGACACCCACUGCAGCCUCCUCUCAGGCCAAAGGAACCAGCUUCCUCUGCCCAUGGGGGCUACCCAACCCUGGGCUGCAAGACCAUCCCUCACACCAAGAGCUCCAAGUACAGCUUUCACCACAGGAAGUGCCCCACGCCGGGCUGCGAUGGGUCAGGACACGUGACUGGGAGAUUCACAGCCCAUUACUGCCUCUCAGGGUGCCCUCUGGCAGAGAAGAACCAGGGCAGGCUUAAGGCUGACUUGUCCGACACCGAGGCCUCCACUCGCAAGAGGAACCUGAUUGGCUUCCCUCAGCGAAAGAAAUCUCGGCACCACGGGAGAGGGCGACCUCCAAAGUACCGGAAGAUCCAGCAGGAAGACUUCCAAACUAUUUCUUCAGACAGUCUGCACCAGUCACUCUUCAUGUCUGCCCUGUCUGCCCAUCCUGACCGCUCCCUGUCACUCUGCUGGGAGCAGCACUGCAAACUUCUGCCAGGGGUGGCUGGCAUCACAGCAACUACAGUGGCCAAGUGGACCAUUGAUGAGGUCUUUAGCUUUGUUCAGACCCUGACGGGUUGCGAGGACCAAGCCAAGCUCUUCAAGGAUGAGAUGAUCGAUGGGGAGGCCUUCCUCUUGCUGACACAGGCUGACAUCGUCAAGAUUAUGAGUGUCAAGCUGGGCCCAGCCCUCAAGAUCUACAAUGCCAUCCUCAUGUUCAAAAACGCUGAUGACACCUUAAAGUGACUUUUCUUGGCCUGAUCGGGACUCUCCAUCAGCUCUGGUGCUGCCAAACUGUCUGGUCAGGACAGAGAUUACCCUGACUGGCCACAGCUUAUCAUGUCCUGUUCGUGUCCUCUCAGAUGCACAUCUCUGCUCUCUCACCAGUCCAUCUCCCAUCCUGUCCCCUCCACUCCACAGUACCCUUCUCCUUCAGCGCUGCGUGCCAGCGGGUCCCAAGACUCAGGGCCAGCUGCAGUGACAGAGGGUGGGUGUGGAACUGGCCUGGCUUAGUGUGACAGCCACCCUCCGUGUCCUGCUGUGACUGCACUGAUCCAGGGGGGUGUGGUGAGGCACAGCAGAGGGGUGCAGAGUGUCUAGGAGCUGCGGUCUGACACCCCUGCUCACAUCACCCAGACAAGGGAAGGGACUGGCUGCCUGCAUAUGCGCUUGCACCCAUUUAAAGGCUGCUUUUUGUUUUGCUCAGCAGCUGAGAGGGAAUUUUUUUUUCCCCUCAAUGUGUUCCUCUGGGGGCACUUUCAUAGGGACUAACAUUGUUUCCAAGGGACGCUCUCAAGGAGCUUCUGCUCACUUUGCCUUUUUCUCCAAAUUCUUUUGAGUUUCCCUUUAAGGCCAGAUGAUUACUUUGCUUUGCCCCUUCACUCACCUCUUGCCCCUUCCAGGGCACAAUGUGUCCUGACUGCUGCUCUGCCCACAACCAACAUCUGUUCUUUAUUCCUCUUUAUUGUCAUACUGAAGCCCCAGGUCCAGGGCUGGAGGGGUGCAGAACAAGCUCCAUGUCCAGAACAAGCAUUUUAGGCUGUCUUUGCCAGCACAUCUCUGGGAGAAAGGAUGCUUGGCUAACUUGUUCCCCUUGCAGCAAUUAAAAAAUCCUCUGCAAAGAAAAUUUGGGUCCUCUUUAAUCUACGUAUUAGGAGCAAGGCCCUUUCUAGAGUAGAAACAGCUGCCAAGGACAAGAAGCAUCCAUUCUUCCACAGGCAGAUCCACAGCUCAGUUCUGAAGGCAUUCCUAAGUUGGCUGGCUCAAUCUUGCUAAGCUGCCUUCUCCCCGUUUUUUGCCCUUAUAAAGCCCCCAGGUUUUUCUUUCUGAAGAGCAUGAUCUGCUGCUGUCCCUGGAUUCCCUGCCUGCAGAUCUAAAAGAAAACUGGCAGCUAACUGGGGUUUUUUUCUGUCUUUUUCAUAGUGUAGCACAUUUUCAAGAAGGGUGCAGGCACUUUGGGAAUGCCUGUGUAACACUGUCCCUUGUAAGGGAGGAGGGGCCCAGUAGACUAGGACUCCAGAGCCAGGAAAGCCAACAUGCCACGGGCUCCUGGCAGAGUCCUAGGCAGCUUCAGGUAGUCCCUGUCUCCCCUGGCAGCACCUGCUGUGGUCUGUCAUCCAUCUGUGUAUGCCUGCUGUGGGUGCUGUUGGACCACUGGUGUGACAGCACAAUGCUGGAGGGCUGCCACCUGCCCCAAGGGCUCUCCAUAGUCUGCAGUGAUGCGAUCCAAGUACCACGUCCCCUUCCUUUCCCGUUCCUAAGAAUGACAUAUCAGUAACAAAACAAUUUUUCCACCCUUCCCAGUGCCCAAAGACAGGAAUGAAUGGAUCUUAGCAAGUGCACCAGCAAUGCAUCUUUGAGCAGCACUGCCUGGGGAGCCACUGUCACACCGGGUCAAUCUGUUCAUGGAAAUGUAGCAUUUUGACUUUUUGUUACUGAGUAUUUGUAGUCACAAUUGACCUGCUCUUGGAACAUCUGCUGCUUGCUCUUCAUGCAGGACUGACGACUAGUCAGUGUAUUUGUUUUGUCAAUGCUUGGGUUUGAUUCAGGCAGCUUUCCCUCUCUGUUCCUCUUUUAAUAUCUUCCAUCUCUUAAAGCAGUGCAGUGUGGUCAGCUGUGGAGAGAGGAGUGGUGGGAAGGAACAUCUGUGUCCCUGGGUCCUACAGUCAGUCCCCGGGUCAACUUUGAUCCACAGUAAAUGGUCCUGAAGCUGAUCUGUUCAGUGGAUGGAGGGUCUCUGGGCUGCUGUGUGUUUGGGAAGAAGAGGAGCUCUGGGGCCCCCAGCUGUGAGACUCUAUGCAGAUUGAGCUCUCUCUCCAGGUGUGAUCUGGGACAGAACAGCUCCCUUGUGCAGGACGUAGUUAUUUGGCUUAUAAGGAAACAUCUUAUGAAAGCAUCCUGUUUUCAUCUGCUCAGUUCUGUCAUGCUUAGUCAUUCCUCCUGCUGGGGAAGGGACUAACCACUGGCCCUGGGUGUUGGGAAAGGAGCUGCUACCCAGGUGUCAGAUCUGAUAUUAGUGUGGAGAGCCUUGUCUCUCAGAGUUACCCUGGAGAGCAGAAGUGGUGGUGAGCCUAGAAGAUGCCUCCUGAAGGGUAAGAGGAGACAUGAGCCAAGCCAUGGGUACAUCACAGGGUACAACCAACACCAUCAGCUCUUGCACUGCUGUUGGGUGCAAUCAAGCUGUGCUCUGCCUGGGCACCAGCAAGAAAAGGCAGAGGUGCAUGCUGUAGACUGUCAUAGCCAUGGACAUCAGCAGGAAGCUGUGCUCAGGUGGUACUGCCUCACCUGGGCUCUUUUGAGCUCCCUCUAGGAGAGCAGACUGAACAGGACUGCUAAGGUGCUCCCCUUUGGCUGUGGAGUCUGGCUGCACAGCUGGACCCCAGGUCUCUGCUGCAUCUGAGCUCUAGUCAGGGAGCCAGGAAAACUAGUCCCAAUGUAGGGCUGAUGUGAGGGUCUCUGUCACACAGUUAACUGCUGUCUCAAGUUCAUCAGCCUCUUGGGCUGACUCAGCCGUUUGGGCACAAAGCUUCUGGAUUCAUUUGGGUGAGAGAGUUACAGGGUUUGUAGGUGGUCAAGGGCUAUUAACUGUUAAAACUUAUAACCUUCUUGUUUCCUUCAAACCAAACCAGACUCAAAGUAUUGUGUGUGUACAUGUGGAUGGGUGUUUUUGGAAGUACCACAACACCAUUUCCCCAACACCCUGUUGGUGUGUCUUGUUUUAAUGUGGUGGUCUCUGUAGCUGUGGAGGCAGCAAGAUCUAGUCCCAAGAUCUUGGGCGAUGUGUCCUCCUGUCCUCCAUGGGCAGAAGUUGUCUCUGGUACCAGCAGAGAAUCCAGGAGAAGGAAGAUUUGCUGCGUUCCUGAAGAUGAAUCCUCUGUUUCCAUAGAGCAUUGAUUGGGAGAACAUCAAGGGCAGCUGUGACUAAGGCAGAAGCACUGAAGUUUUUCAUCCUUCUCCUGCUGCCCUAUCAAACUCCUCACAGGGAUGUCCACUGCCAUGUCACUAAGAGGCAGGAGAGGACAAUGGCUCUGAGUUUGGCCCACAGGUUUCUCUCUGGGGUCUGAGAGAUGUGACCAACCCAACAUUUCAAAGUCAAUGAAGGAUUUUUCAAGGUCAAUGUUGUUUUGAGUGGGGUCCCCCAAGCCUAUGCUCCUGUCAUUCCUGUCCCUGCUGCUGCAGGUGGUGUUGUCAGGGCUGAGCUGGAGCCAUGGGAGAUGUCCCAACAUCUUCUCCAGUCUUGGGCAUGAGGUGUCUUCUGGGUUGGCUGGUCUGUAAGUGGCUCUACGUGAAUGGGAGCAGUUGGAGACUCAGAACAGUGUUUGUCCCUCCCCAUGGAAAUGGCCAGCAUCAUGAUAGUGUGAGGCCAAGGUUUCCCUUUCCAGGAGAGCAGCCAGGCUGAAGCUGCAGUCUUGUUCCUGUCCUCUAAGCCACCCAUUUCCUCUGGUGCCUGAGGCUCACUUGUCCUUGGGGGAAGGGGAGAAAAGGUGUAUUUUGGAAGGAGCGUGAUUAUGAGAACAACAUCUUUUUUGCACUUUCUUUCAGUUUGCACUCAUUUUUAAUUUCUUUUUUCCCCCCGUGUUUUUUACAUUUGCACCUCCUCUUUGUGUUUUCAUGACAGAAAUGAUUUUGUUGUAGCCAGUGAAACUAUUCUGGAACUUUGUGUCCUGAGUAUACAGAGGCUUAAAGGUCCUAUAUAUAUCUAAAUUUAUAGCUGUAUAAAGAUAAAUUUAUAUAUAUAGGAUCAUGGUGUGAUGUGUUUCAUCAGUGUUUUAAAAUAAUAAACGAAUGUGAGCAAUGGAA